AUGAGUGCUGGUGUUAAGCUCCGUUAUCGCGAGCUGCUGCGCAAGCUGUCGCAGGCAGAGGCCGACAACCAGCGCAUCGUCCAAGUCAUGGAGUCGGAGCGCGCGGGCUUCCAGGACCGCCUCGACAGGCUGCGCUCGCAGAACGAUGCCAUCAUCGGCAAGUCGCUCUCUGUCCAGGCCAAGCUCGCUGAUGCUGCCGCGGCAAAGGACAAGCUAGCCCGGCUCGAGCAUGAGCACAAAGCCAUGGCAGAGGCCAAGGCCCGCGCAGAAGCCCGCGCGCUCGAGGAUGCUGCCGCUCGCGCCAAGGCCGAGGCGCGGGCCCAGGCCGAGGCAGAAGCCAAGGCCCAGGCUGAGGCCGAAGCGCAGGCCAGGGCCGAGGCCGAAGCGCAGGCCCGAGCUGAGGCCGAAGCCAAGGCCCAGGCUGAGGCAGAAGCCAAGGCCCAGGCUGAGGCCGAAGCGCAGGCCAGGGCCGAGGCGCAGGCGUCGGCGCAGACACAGGCACUGACACAGGCGCACUGCAGCCCAGCUUCCUCGCUGCGUCACCGCGCCCCGCCGCAUCGGACGCCUAUGUCGCCGAUCCGCCCGCCCGCGGUCGCGUCGGUGGAGGGCUCACCGGUGGUCCACACCCCGCCGAUGCUGGCAGUGACCAAACCGGCCGCGGGCCAGACACCAGCCAACGACUCGCUUCUUCUCUCGCCCUCUGUCUCGCCACUGACGCCAGGCAUGGCUCAGCGGCAGAGUGUUCCGCCCGAGGUCCAGGCGCAGGUCUCCGAGUCGCUGGCUGCAUCGUCACUGCUGGCCGAGUACGAGCGGCUGCGCGCCAUCCACGCCGGUACUACGCCGCCGCGCCCGAGCCCUGACAGCGCUCCGGCAGUCAUCACUCCGGCACGUCGAGUCCAAGCGCUGCGUGCGCGGAUCAUGGAGGUCGAGCGCGCAGCAGAGGCCGCAGACGACGAUCUCGCUCCACGCCGCGGUGCGGCGCUCAGCUUUGCCGAUGAUGACGACGAUGAUGAGGCUGAGACCGGCUACGUCUACGACGAUGAGCUCGAACCGUACUCGGGCUACGACGAUGAAGGCGACGCUUGCUACUCUGAGUUUACCUACGACGAAGCUGACGAGGGGAAUGAUUCGGAGACCUUGGCCAUGGAGCGCGCGGCCGAAGCCAUUUACCGCGCCUACUUUCGCGCCAAGCACCGGGUUCCUGACUCUCCGGCCUCGCCCGACCGGUCGAGGCGGCGACAUCGCUCACGUGUCGAGUACCCGCGGUCGCCGUCGCGGUCACCGUCGCCGCCGCGGGCGUCACGCCUCUCCCACUCCCGCACCCACACCCACCACACGUCGCUGUAUGCCGAGCCACCACAGACGCGAGUCUACUCGCUCUUUGAUCUGGUCGACGAGCUGGAGGCGUCAGGCGUCGGAUUUGCAUCGCCGCCGCCGCCGCGCUCGCCGUCGCCGCCGCCACGCCCACCUCCGCCGCCUCGCCACCAGGCAUCGCGGCGGCAGAAUGCAUCGCGGCGGCAGAAUGCAUCGCGGCGACACCGCAGCUCGCGGCGACACAACCGAUCACUCUUCUCCGAGCCGUCUGUUCAGGCUGGAGAAUACGAGCCGUCCGAAGCCGAUUUGGAUCUGCUGUCGAUGAUGGCGUCGCUGGCGGGUUCGCCUGGCAAGCGCAGCGCUCACAGCUCGCGCAGACACCGUCGGUGGUAGCAAACCAGCGGUUUAUCCCCUCAUCAAAAGAUAGAGCUUGUUCC